CUCUCUUCCUUCCACUCACCUUCUCACCUUCUCACCUUCUCACCUCCUUACCUCCUCACCUCGCUCUCACAUUUCAUGCCUCCCCCCACCUUCCCCAUCCAUCCGCGCCUAGAACACAGCUCAGAUCGUAUCUAAGCGCGCUUGCGACUAACCAUCUGAUCAAGUCUUCUUGACCUUUUCCACCAUUCGCGCAGUAUCCUCGCCCGCGCAGUGCGAGGUGUCGUCCAGAUCGUUGGCGCGAUCAAGAGGAUCCUUGGCUCUCGUGGCUAUUCGUUGUGAAACACCGUCCCAGAUGUUAGACGAACUCGACAACAACUUCGACGACCAUCCGUCUCUGGAUGCGUCGCUCGAGGAUUUUGAAAGCAGCAGUAACACACAGCGUUCACCCCUCUUCAGUCUCUCGUCGCAGCAUUCGGGAUUCCGCGAGGAGGAAUCAGACCCAGACGAUGAAGACCCCAAUCCCAACACGGAGCGCUGGUCACCACCCGGCUUUCGCAGACACGAUUACAAUCCAGGAAGUGGUUGGUAUCGCCACGAAGCGUAUUCUCGCAGUCCGGAGAAGGAGCGCCCCGUCCUCAAGCCGACAGUUGGGGUGAGCCCGGCGCAAUCGCGUGAAGGUAGCCCACAGUACGAGGAUGCGGUCGAGGCCCCUGUGACAAAGAAUCGCACGCAGUCGUCCGCUAUGACCGAGACCACAGCAUGCGCGCCGACGGCCAUGUCGCUACAGAGCCCCGAAAGGACCCAGACACGUUCGCCAAGCAGAGCUCCGGCUGGCGGGCAAGCUGGUCAGGACAUCGAGGUGGACUUCGCACCCGAGCAGGACCUUAGUAGUUAUAUCCGGUUCCAAGUACGCGCCGAAGUUCAGCAACGUGAACCAUUGGCGGCCAUAUCCGGGUACCUGCGUGAGAAGUUUGAUAAGAUCACCAGCACUCGGACCAAUACCCUCGUAUCCAUAGUUGUCGCCCUUUUGUCCAUAGGAUUGAUGCGCACCUUGUUUCUCCCGAACUAUCCUCAGCCAAUCCCUGACUUGGUCAAGCUAUCCGGGUUUGCGCGCUCCUUUGAACCCCUGAUUUACUAUUCGGAACAUGGCGCGCAGCAAAUCGAAGCCCUGCAGGAAACCGGCGUGGCGGUCUGGGACCUGAGCGAAUCAGUUCGUGGCACCAACAUGACCAGCGCGCCUAUCAUCGUUCGCCAGCUAGAUGAACUGUCCGAGUCCCUUAAGUCACUGUCAUUGGAGCUGACUCGCUUCUUCGCCAACGUUGAUGCCGACUUCGACUCGAUCCUGAUUGUCAUGGAUUGGGCCAAGCGCGAACUGGAAGCGAUCAAUGCGCAGCCGCCUAGCUCGUUGCCGACGCUCAUGUUCGAUAAUCUGCAUGAGAUCCUUGCGCGGCUGGGUACCAUGGAACGGCCGAUUGACCCCCAUGAUGCUCCUCCGGGUAGUGAGCUGGCGACUACACCCACCACAUUCGGGCAAGUCGUGACAGCGGUCCUUGGACAAACCUCGGCGCAACGCACGCGCGCGACGCUCACUCGGACUUUUACGGAAUUCUUGGGUGUGCUUGAAGAAUGUAUCAACACUGAGCUGCACCAUUCCACCGCGCUCUUUGGGCUCUUUGAGUCUAUCGAUCGCCAGUUCCUGAAUCUGCAACGGACCGUCGUUCGUGAGUCGGAUGCGCAAGAACGAGAGGAGGGCGAGAUGCUGAGUUCCCUGUGGACCCGUGUUCUCGGACCGGAUGCCUCCAUAGUUCGCAAGUACGAGAAGAACAAGCGGCUUCUUGCCAGCGUCCGUAGUCGGACUGUCACUAACAAGCACCUCCUGAUGGACCACCGCGGACGCCUCCUCACGCUCAAGGUGAAUUUGGAAACCCUGCGCCGAAAGUUGGUCAGUCCGCUGGUGCGGCGCAACGAUUCGGUCCGGUUCGCGGGUGGUGUUGAGGCUAGCAAUAGUCACAGUCAUGGACGCAUGCUCGGGCCGAUCGGCGCCGUGAUUGAGGGUCAAAUCCGGGGAAUCGACGGCAGCUACGAAUAUCUUCGGGGCGUGCGCGACAAACAGAAAGCACGAUUCAUGGAGUUCGUCUUCGGCGCUGGGCGACGAAUCCCGACAAACGCGAUGCUAGCGGAUGGAUCCGAGGGCGAUGAGGUGGAAGCGCAGGCCAUUGACGAGGGUGGUGAUUAAGUUGACAGACAGGUUCGAGACUUGUGCUUGACUGAAAAGCAUGGCCAGGCGUUUUCCAUCUGUCAUCAUCUCGUCGCUGCGUGUUCUUUCCAUCAUCGUCAUU